CCGAUUUGUUUCUUUGGCUUUUCGCAUUGUAUUGGUAGGAGGAGCUGCUUUCCUGUGAUUGUCUGCCUCUUCUCUCUCUCUCUCUUAGCAGGUUUCUCAUUUUUCCAAAGUUAAAUAUUCAAGUCUGUGAGCUCUCACGGACGGUGGGUUGCCUGCGCCGCCGGCGAGGUUUGCCGUUGCUUGCGUUGAAAGCGAGCGGAACCGAACAGAACGGAGCGACGCUGUUUGUGUCACAUAACCGGGGCUCUUCCACUUGUGUUCGAUCCAAGUGUUUCUUAACUUCGUUUUCGGCUGCUUUCAAGAUGACAGAAGAAAAGAAUGUUGGGCAUAUAAAGCUGGUGAUUGACCAGCUUCCCUGGGAUUUGAUGUCACCUCUAGAUUGGUUCUGCUGAAGAUGGAAACACUGGAGUCUGAGCUCACCUGCCCAAUCUGCCUGGAGUUGUUUGAAGAUCCCCUACUCUUACCCUGCGCCCACAGCCUGUGUUUCAACUGUGCCCACCGCAUCCUAGUCUCCCACUGCUCGUCCAACAAACCUCUAGAGUCCAUCUCCGCCUUCCAGUGCCCCACCUGCCGUUACGUCAUCACGCUGAACCACCGCGGCCUGGAGGGCCUGAAGCGCAAUGUGACCCUGCAGAACAUCAUCCACCGUUUCCAGAAGGCCUCCGUCAGCGGCCCUAACUCCCCCAGUGAGAGCCGUCGUGCCCCAGGUCUCUCCGGAGGCCACAGGCCCUAUAGCAGCAGCGGAGGAGGAAGCUCCGGCAGCCACAGCGCCCGGUCCAGCCCGGCCCAGUCCUCCUCUCAUCAGCCCCCUGCCAUCAUGUCUCUGGAGCACCGUAUCAGCUGUCAGUUCUGUGAGCAGGACCCGCCGCGCGAAGCGGUCAAGACUUGCGUGACGUGCGAGGUGUCGUACUGUGACCGGUGUCUGCGUGCCACGCACCCCAAUAAGAAGCCGUUUACCAGUCACCGGUUGGUGGAGCCGGUGCAUGACGCCCACCUGAGAGGCCUCACCUGUCUGGAGCAUGAGAAUGAGAAGGUUAAUAUGUACUGCAUCGUGGAUGACCAGCUGAUAUGUGCCCUGUGUAAGCUGGUGGGACGACACAGAGAACAUCAAGUCUCCUCUCUCAGUGAACGCUUCGACAAACUCAAGGCUUUUCAAGUGAGUCCUGGCAGAGUAUCUGACGCGGUAUUGGAGGCAUCAAAGACAAGCGCUGCGCAAACCCUGGAGAACAACCUCACCAAUCUGGUGAAGAGAAACAGUGAGCUGGAGAACCAGAUGGCCAAACUCAUCCAGAUCUGUCAGCAGGUUGAGGUGAACACAGCGAUGCACGAGGCCAAGCUAGUGGAGGAGUGUGAUGAACUUGUAGAGAUCAUACGCCAGAGGAAACAGAUCAUCGCGGUCAAGAUCAAGGAGUCCAAGGUGAUGAAGCUGCGUAAGCUGGCCCAGCAGAUGGCUAACUGCAGACAGUGUCUGGAACGUUCCGGAGCCCUCAUCACUCAGGCAGAACACAGCCUGAAGGAGAACGACCACGCUCGCUUCCUACAGACCGCCAGGAACGUGGCCGAGAGGGUUGCCAUGGCCACGGCCUCAUCCCAGGUGCUGAUUCCAGAUGUGAACCUGAACGAAGCCUUUGAUAACUUUGCCCUGGACUUCUCCCGAGAGAAGAAGAUCCUAGAGGGACUGGACUACCUGACAGCUCCCAGUCCUCCCUCCAUACGUGAUGAGCUGUGUACUGCCUCCCACGACACCAUUACAGUUCACUGGACAUCUGAGGAUGAGUUCAGCGUCACCUCCUACGAACUACAGUACACCAUCUACACCGGCCAGACCAACUUCAUCAGUCUGUAUAACAGUGUGGACAGUUGGAUGAUUGUCCCCAACAUCAAGCAGAACCACUACACGGUGCACGGUCUGCAGAGUGGAACACGUUAUGUCUUCUUUGUCAAGGCCAUCAACCAGGCAGGCAGCCGCAACAGCGAACCAGCUCGCCUCAAAACCAACAGUCAGCCUUUUAAGCUUGACCCAAAGACGGCCCACAAGAAGCUGCGUCUGUCCAACGACUGCCUGACCAUGGAGAAAGAUGAGAGCUCCCUGAAGAAGAGCCACACUCCAGAACGCUUCAGCAGCACGGGGUCGUAUGGAGCAGCAGGAAACGUCUUCAUCGACAGCGGCUGUCACUACUGGGAGGUGUUGCUGGGCGCCUCCACCUGGUACGCUGUGGGCGUGGCUUACAAGUCCGCCCCUAAGAACGAGUGGAGUGGUAAGAACUCCUCCUCCUGGGUGUUGUCCCGCUGUAACAACAACUUCAUGGUGCGUCACAAUGGCAAAGAGAUGCUGGUGGAGGCCAGCCACCAGCUCAGACGUCUGGGAGUCCUUCUGGACUACGACAACAACUCCCUGUCCUUCUACGACGCCAUGAACUCCCAACACCUGCACACCUUUGAGGUCAGCUUCCUGCUCCCCGUGGCGCCCACCUUCAUGAUCUGGAACAAGUCAGUGAUGAUCCUGUCAGGGCUUCCGGUGCCGGACUUUGUGGACUGCCCUGAGGAACACCAGGAGGGGAUGAUGACCCUGUGUCGUCAGCAGGAGUCACCCUACAUGUCGGGUCUGAAGGGCUGUCACUGAGUCCGGGACAGGGGUGACUCCCAGUCCCGGAGACCGACAAGGGCUUGGACUGGACUCUGAACUGGGCUGGGCUAGACUCACUUACUUCCUGGGUUUGUGGGCCAAUGGGGUUGAAUUUUUCUUCUCCUCAGUUUCCUACUUCCUCCUCUUCCUCAUUUUACCCAGCUUUCCUCUUUUCUCUUCAUGGAUGGUUUGUUACAUUACCUACUACUUGUCUCAGUGUGAGGAUGUGUGUUGUUGUUUAUGAUAUUUACAAAUCAACACAGAAGCUUGACUUGCAUUGUGUGACUACUAGUCUUGUAUUAUAAGAAACUUUAUUGAUCAUGAUUGAUUAGAGGAAAACAUGUUAAUUAUUUAUGAAUAAUAAGUUGGUUUGCUUUUAUUUUCUUCUCAAUCUCAAUGUAUUCAUGGGACACUUUUUAGAUUGGUCUUUAUUUCCUCAGUGUUUAAAAAAAGACACAAAAUGUAUUUGGACAUGGUUGUUCUUCCUCUAGAUAGCAUAGUGGAUUUAUCUUCUAUAGAAAUGGGGUAAGAUUAUGACGUUUAUGCGAUUUUUAACACAGUGAAAUUAACAAAACUGACGGAUAAAAAAAAUUACGAAAGUUGAAUAUUCAGGGAGGGAAGAGAGGGUUAUAACAUUCGAUUUGCUAUCGGUUUUGAUGUCAUAGCAUGAUAUGUAUUUCCUCUGUGAUUGGUUCACACUUCAUGUUUUGUUUAGUUCUGUUUUGCUGUGAGAAAAGCAUGCUGCAUUAUAGGAUCCCACUUCACUGCCCUUCACUGGUUCACUUCCAGGUUAUCAUGAGGUAAUUCUUGACUCCUGACCUAUAGAAUCCCUCACUGGUUCACUUCCAGGUUAUCAUGAGGUAAUUCUUGACUCCUGACCUAUAGAAUUCCUCACAGUCACCGCGGAGCUCCACCACCUCCCCUCACAUCCAAUCCUUGGUCGAAGUUUACCUAUUCCAAAAGGGGUGUGUUGUUAUUGGCCGUUGAUUUGUAUAAAGUCCCAAGACAAUGUAGAUCUGUUAUUUGUCUACCUACCAGUUACCAUCCCGAUAUUCUAUCUCUCAUAGAAACCAUCAGAUUUCUAUUCAAGAAAAUCACAAAACAUUUCACCAGAUAUGGUUAAGAUUCCACAGGGAAGACCUUGUAGCUCUAUGACAUCAUCAUUCAAAAAACGUAAAGCGUUACAUCAUCAGAUACUUAUUAUUUAUUUGGGCUUUUUUUUAAUGUAUGGCUUUGGUGGUGUGGACUAUGAUUUUUACUGAUUUUCCUCUGAUUUAAUAUUCAGGGAUUGAAUACGUAGUGGGUCUGAUCAAGACAAUCAAUAGUAUAUUUAUUAUGCAGAGAAAACAUAAGUAGUGUGUAGCUUGAAAAACCACUGAACUAGCAUGAUGUAAUACUUUAGAUACUAACUGUUAACUUUCUGAAAACCUACGGAUGCUUUAUUUUUUUCAUCGAAUUAAACGUAGUAGUGAGGAUAUUGGGAACAGACAGACUCGUACUACUGAUGACGCCAACGUCCUGAUGCCGGUGGUUCAAUCUCUCACCACACAUCAAGGUAUUUAGGACAUGUCCCAAAUGGCACCCUAUUCCCUAUAUAGUGCACUACUUUUGAAUGUAAAAAAAAUAAAUGAUGCACUAUGUAUGCAAUAGGGUGCCAUUUCAGACACAGAUUUAGUUUUCCAUGCUAAAUGUCAUAUUUCCUGUUUUUUAAGUUUUCUGUUUUUAAUUCGAAAGCACAAACUAACCAUCAUGCAGAUUUGUCUUUGGCACCGUGAAAGUGGGAGACAGAGACACAGACAUAUGAAUGGAUCUGGAACUAACUGGUCCGUCCUCAAGCUUCUUCAAAGAAACAAUAGCUACUUUAAGGCUGGAGUGAGUCUUGAGUUCCAUUAUGGACCUAACAGAACACAAUGGUUCAAUAGUAAGAUGAGAAUGGUGAGUUCCAUUAUGGACCUAACAGAACACAGUGGUUCAAUAGUAAGAUGAGAAUGGUGAGUUCCAUUAUGGACCCAACAGAACACAGCGGUUCAAUAGUAAGAUGAGAAUGGUGAGUUCCAUUAUGGACCCAACAGAACACAAUGGUUCAAUAGUAAGAUGAGAAUGGUGAGUUCCAUUAUGGACCUAACAGAACACAGCGGUUCAAUAGUAAGAUGAGAAUGGUGAGUUCCAUUAUGGACCCAACAGAACACCAGUUCAAGCCGAUGAGAAUGGUGAGUUCCAUUAUAGACCCAACAGAACACCAGUUCAAGCCAAUGAGAAUGGUGAGUUCCAUUAUAGAUCCAACAGAACACCAGUUCAAGCCAAUGACAAUGGUGAGUUCCAUUAUGGACCCAACAGAACACAGUGGUUCAAUAGUAAGAUGAGAAUGGUGAGUUCCAUUAUGGACCUAACAGAACACAGUGGUUCAAUAGUAAGAUGAGAAUGGUGAGUUCCAUUAUAGACCCAACAGAACACCAGUUCAAGCCAAUGACAAUGGUGAGUUCCAUUAUGGACCCAACAGAACACAGUGGUUCAAUAGUAAGAUGAGAAUGGUGAGUUCCAUUAUAGACCCAACAGAACACAGUGGUUCAAUAGUAAGAUGAGAAUGGUGAGUUCCAUUAUAGACCCAACAGAACACCAGUUCAAGCCGAUGAGAAUGGUGAGUUCCAUUAUGGACCCAACAGAACACAGUGGUUCAAUAGUAAGAUGAGAAUGGUGAGUUCCAUUAUGGACCCAACAGAACACAGUGGUUCAAUAGUAAGAUGAGAAUAGUGAGUUCCAUUAUAGACCCAACAGAACACCAGUUCAAGCCAAUGACAAUGGUGAGUUCCAUUAAGGACCCAACCGAACACAGCGGUUCAAUAGUAAGAUGAGAAUGGUGAGUUCCAUUAUAGACCCAACAGAACACCAGUUCAAGCCGAUGAGAAUGGUGAGUUCCAUUAUAGACCCAACAGAACACCAGUUCAAGCCGAUGAGAAUGGUGAGUUUCAUUAUAGACCCAACAGAACACCAGUUCAAGCCGAUGAGAAUGGUGAGUUCCAUUAUGGACCCAACAGAACACAAUGGUUCAAUAGUAAGAUGAGAAUGGUGAGUUCCAUUAUGGACCUAACAGAACACAGCGGUUCAAUAGUAAGAUGAGAAUGGUGAGUUCCAUUAUGGACCCAACAGAACACCAGUUCAAGCCGAUGAGAAUGGUGAGUUCCAUUAUAGACCCAACAGAACACCAGUUCAAGCCGAUGAGAAUGGUGAGUUCCAUUAUAGACCCAACAGAACACCAGUUCAAGCCAAUGACAAUGGUGAGUUCCAUUAUGGACCCAACAGAACACAGUGGUUCAAUAGUAAGAUGAGAAUGGUGAGUUCCAUUAUAGACCCAACAGAACACCAGUUCAAGCCAAUGACAAUGGUGAGUUCCAUUAUGGACCCAACAGAACACAGUGGUUCAAUAGUAAGAUGAGAAUGGUGAGUUCCAUUAUAGACCCAACAGAACACAGUGGUUCAAUAGUAAGAUGAGAAUGGUGAGUUCCAUUAUAGACCCAACAGAACACCAGUUCAAGCCGAUGAGAAUGGUGAGUUCCAAUAUAGACCCAACAGAACACCAGUUCAAGCCAAUGAAAAUGGUGAGUUCCAUUAUGAACCCAACAGAACACAGCAGUUCAAUAGUAAGAUGAGAAUGGUGAGUUCCAUUAUAGACCCAACAGAACACCAGUUCAAGCCGAUGAGAAUGGUGAGUUCCAUUAUAGACCCAACAGAACACCAGUUCAAGCCGAUGAGAAUGGUGAGUUCCAUUAUAGACCCAACAGAACACCAGUUCAAGCCGAUGAGAAUGGUGAGUUCCAUUAUAGACCCAACAGAACACCAGUUCAAGCUGAUGAGAAUGGUGAGUUCCAUUAUGGACCUAACAGAACACCAGUUCAAGCUGAUGAGAAUGGUCUUCCAUUUAUAGAGCUAGCUGAAUACUGGACUCAAGAGGUCAGAGGUCUUUUAAAUAACACUGCUUUGAUUAUAACAGGUGGUAACACUUCACUGUAGACCCCCUUACGUAUGCAUUCAUAAAGCCUUUAUAACAGCUACAUAAGACAUAACAGCAGUUAAAUGCUGUUUUUAAGGGUAAUAUCAGUGCUGACUGAAGGGGAGGUGUUGUUUGUGCUUUCAUUUUUCUUUUUUAGUCUAGCAGCAGAUUUGUGAAUGUUAGCCCUUACAACAACAAAAAAGAUUGGGGUUUUAAAACUGUAGUAAAAGUGUAGUAACUACAGUCGACUGUGGUAUUUUGGAUGCAGUGAUUGCAGAAUAACUGCAGUGUUCUGCAGUUGAACUGCAGUUAUACUGCACUGUAACUGCAGUUACACUGCAAAAUUACUGCAGUAAAAAAAAAGUGUUAUUUUGGACGCAGUAUUUGCAACGUACUGCAGUUAUACGGCAUUCUAAUUACAGUUAUACUACAGUGUACUGCAUAUAUACUGCAUUCUAACUACAGUUAUACUACAGUGUACUGCAGUUAUACUGCAUUCUAACUACAGUUAUACUACAGUGUACUGCAGUUAUACUGCAUUCUAACUACAGUUGUACUACAGUGUACUGCAGUUAUACUACAUUUUAACUACAGUUUACUGCUACAAUACUGCAUUAUAACUACAGUUAUACUACAGUGUACUGCAGUUAUACUGCACUCUGACUGCAAUCUUUUUUUGUAAGGGACGUUUCUUGAAUUAUCAGAAAGACGAUCAAUUUGAAGAAAACAUCAGAGGUGAUAACUGUGGCUGCUGAUUUCUGGGCUGAACUGACAAGAUACCUUUUAUUUGUACAAGAAGUGCAUUUGACUGGGUCACCUACUGCAUGCAUGACUUGGUCCAUACAGUCUGUGUCUAUCUCAUGAAGGUUUUAUAGAAACAGAUUCACAACAAAAUGUCAAUUUGAAAUAGACAACUUUAUUGAGACGUGUGUUCAUGCAUAUCAUUCAGGUAGUUUUGCUGUGCUUUGUGCUACUACUACCGGUCAAUAAACACACUGAGAAUAA